AUGUCCCGCACGACACAGCAGCAGCAGGAGCAGGCCCACGCACAAGCGGGCACGGCACCAAGCUGGGAGCUGGGAGCGGCGAGCGGCGAGCAGAAGCCAAAACCGCCCACCUGCCUAGGGCGAACCUUGGGCCUUUUAACAAAGACUGCUAAUGCAGGCGUGUGCACCAUCUGGCUGCACAGGCGGGCGAAGAUGGAAAGCGCACCAUGGAACGGCAGCGCAGCGGGAGAGGGCGUGAUUGAAGGGGCGGCGUGGCACCCUCACCCUGACCCUGCAUCUAAUUCCAUGUCGGUGCAAACCGCUCCAAGGAAGGAAGGAAGGAACCAUGUGCAUGUCAGCAGCGGGCGGAAGGUUGGGCGUAAUUAUGGACCAUGUCAAGCCAACCGUCAUGGCCCAGCAAAUGCUCUCACUCUCUUCUGCAUGCCGGGGAGAGGGGGGAGAGUGAGAGGGCAGAGUGAGAGGGCAGAGAUCAGCGUCAUUCGCCGCCAGCUGCGGGUCCCGUGUUUUACCGAAAUGAAGGGCUCCACGAUGCUGCCCGCUCAUUGGCCGGCUAGCCGAGUACCCACUGGCCCCUGCCCUGGCCCCGGCGAGGCUGCCCUCCAUGACAGAGACGGGAGAGAGAGACAGAGAAACGAUCAGCGAGCGUGUCUAGACUGCAGCCUCUGUGUCGCAUCAUCGCCAUGGCCUCUGCACCAACGCCGUCGCUCUCGCUCUCGCCCUCGCCGCCGCUUCUGCCCAUCUUGCCAGCUUGGGGAGACAGAACCGGGGUUGCCCGUCCCCCCCAUCCUCCUCCCCUUCCCUUGCCUAGUGCUGUUUGACCACACAACCGACAACCGUCUGCACGACCAGGGCUUUGCCGGCCAGAUGCAAAUUAAUCCGCAUCCACAAGCACAACAGUGGCCGCCGACUGCAAUUUGCACCACGCAUGCUAUAGGUGGACGCGACGGAUGCGUGUGGCCACAGCCGCUGCGCCUGCCUGCCUGCCCUCUCCUCUCCUUCUCUCUCUCCCUUGCCCGUAACUCUACUCCCACUGUCCUCAGCAUUUUGCGUCUGUCAAGCCUUCACCACCGUUCGACGAGCGCAACCGACGACGCGACUACGCCCUGUCGAGCAAAGCGGCGUUAUAUUUGGCCACUAUCGAAUAUCGAAUGCACACACCCGCCGCGCCAAACCCUGUCUUUUCCCCUCCUGGAAGCUCCCAAGCCACCGCUAGUCACGAGCUGCUGGAGCCCUUGGUUCUCCUGCAGGGUGCACACGUUAGCCACGCUUGUCCCUGCCAGCCGCCGUUUUGGCCUCGACACCUGGGCGACAUCUGCUGCUGACGCCGGCAUUGCCCUUCCUUCUCCCUCUUCACCGUCCCGUCGCCCGCGCUGCCUCCCCAAGCCGACUCUUCCUCUACCCUCAGCCGACAAUUCUCACCGGGCCCUCUCCCUCCACCGACUCUGCGCGCACCACCAAGCCGCCCGUUGCUUCAACCCCCCCUCCCGUGGCGCCCCUUCGACAAGCACGCAGCCUUACGCUCUCUCUACCCAUUCUCUCCCUCUCUCACCACCCACCGAUUCUCCGAAUCACAAACGCUCCUUUGAAUCCCACCUCUGCUCUCGCAACCAUCGCUCCUCCGCCGUAAUCAGCCCCCCUUGCUUCUUGCCAACCGUCGCCCUCGUUCCUUUUUGCCAGCACAAGCUCCGGACUCCAACGCGCGCUUCAGCCCCGCUGGACCCAUUCAAGACGCGCAAGCCUCCCCGUUAG